CCGCGGAGGAACCCUGGCGGCUGGUGCCGGCGCCGCCUGGGGCCUGCGCAAAGGCGGACGCCCCCCCCCCCGCUGCGAGGCCGACCCGGCCAUGGCCGCCGCGGCCUUCCUCGGCGGUGCCGUUGUCGGCGGAGCGGGGGCCUACUACGCGACGCAGAGCAAGGCCGCUGCCGUCCAGGAGAAGUACGAGAAGUACUGGCCCAGGAAGAUCAUGAUGGUCUUCGGGGCGCCCGGCGCCGGCAAGGGCACCCAGGGGCCGAAGAUUGUGGAGAUGCUGGACAUCCCGCAGCUGAGCACGGGCGACAUGCUCCGGGAGGCCGUGGCGGCGGGCACCGAGGUGGGAAAGAAGGCCAAGGACAUCAUGGCCUCGGGCGGGCUGGUCUCCGACGAGAUAGUCAUCGGGAUCAUCUCCGAUCGCAUCAAGGAGCCUGACUGCGCAGGCGGCUUCAUCCUCGACGGCUUCCCGCGAACUCUGCCCCAGACCGAGGCUCUGGACAAGAUGCUGGCGCAGAACGGCGAGGCGGUCUCCCUGGUGAUGGCCUUCAACGUGGAUCCCGCGGUGCUCGAGGACAAGAAGAGUGGGCGCUCCUACCACGUGAAGUUCGCCCCGCCUAAGUCGAUGAAGCUCGGCCCCGACGGCAAGCCCCUGAAGGA